AUGAAUGACUCAGUUGCUCUAUCCAAGUUCGACUCAUUAAUAGAGAAGAACCUAGUCUUUUAUGACGAACAACAACAAAUUGUUGAGUAUGAUGACAAAGGUCUCAAGUUUCAAUUCAUUCUCACGUCGGCUCUUGCAAGAAAGCCUACCUUACAGGUGGACCCUGUCAAAGACGAAAAGCCAGGCGAGACAACAACUGUACAAGCACGAGAUGGGAGCGAUAUCAACACCGCUGGCUAUGAGAUUUGUGACGUUGGUACAACUCAUUUUCUAGUCGCCAACAAGUUCUGUUUCGCGAGACCGCAUCUCAUGCUGCUUACUUCGGACGGAAACGAGCGCCAAUAUAAGCCACUGGACCAGAACGACUGGCAAGCUUUGAGCAACGUCUUGACUGACUUGGGUCAUGACUAUGUUGCCUUCUUCAACUGCGGACAAGACGGGGGAUGUAGUCGACUACACAAGCACAUGCAGUUGAUGCCGAAACCGAAAGACAGUUUUGCAGCUUUCAUGGACAAUGAGAAUGUUACGGAGCCCGACAUUCCAUUCCAGUGGUUUUUUCAUCGUUUUGAGUCUCUAUCACCACAACCGAAUGAGUUGUUGAACACUUACGAACAACUUCUAAGAAAGGCCACGGACGUGGGAGAAGGUCUAUCUGAACAUGCCGACAGUCUACCAACAGGGGCGGCAAUUCCGCACAACAUGUUGGUCACAAACCAAUGGAUGAUGGUCCUCCCCCGACGUCGAGCAGCUGUCAAUAAAGAGGCUGGGGCUAAUUCGAUUGGUAUGAUGGGAGUUAUUGCUGUUGCGACUCAAGAAGAGAUUGAUAGUUGGAUACGUAUUGGACCUGUUGAGGCACUCAAGGAGCUCGGUGUCCCAAAGACGCUCUAG